AGGAAUGACUUUUCUUCCCCUUUUCCACUGAAAUACAAUUGAGUUCUUUUUGUAGGAGGGGAGGAAAGUCUUCACGUUUCUUUCCCCCCCAGGAUGUAGUGACUGUCGCCGCCGUCCCAGAUCGUGGCUGAACUAGGGAUUUGGUGAAAAGGCUUAAGGAUACAGAAGCACUGCUACAAACCCAGCUUGAAAAUGGAUCUGGAGAAGCCUUCUGUCUGGGGAUCAUUCAAGCAAAGGACAAAGCCUUUGUUACAAAACCUGAGCAUCAGAAGGACUAAGAAGACCUCAACCAAGUUGGUGGAGAAAAGGCAGAGGCACCCCUUGGACCGACGUCUUAGUUCUUCAGUGCCUGACAUACUCAGCGUAGAGACUGUUACGGAAGAAGAAACAAAUUAUUCACGUUCCAAAGCCUUGUCCAUUUACUUCCCGAGUGACUUUUUGGCAACAGAGACAUUCCUUCAGGACACUAGUGACUCUUCCUUGAAACCAUCUGGAGAGGAAUGGAGCUGGAGUCAGCAGGAAACUGUGCAUUUGGAAAUCAGAGCAGAUGACAUGGAGAAACCCAUCGUCUGCAACCCAGGUCCAGAAGCGAAGCGGAAAUCUAGCGACGAUUUCUUUGAACUGCUGCAAAGAAAUAGCUUCAGUAGUGACCUUGCAGAAGAUGCACUUGAGCGUUCUUACGGUGAUUCCAACCUCGACUUGUCAUGUUCUUCACAGAUGUUUGAUGACCAAUGUGCCCUGGAGGAAGGAAGCGAUUGCGUGAGUAAAUUGCCCAGCUCAUUUGCAUAUCUGUUAACGAUUCAUUUGAAAGAAGGCAGGAAUCUGGUCAUCAGGGAUCGCUGCGGUACAAGUGAUCCGUACGUGAAAUUUAAGAUGAAUGGCAAAACCCUCUACAAAAGCAAGGUUGUCUAUAAGAACUUGAAUCCUGUUUGGGAUGAAACAGUUAUACUUCCCAUCCAGACCCUGGAUCAGAAACUGCAUGUGAAGGUAUACGAUCGAGACUUAACCUCUUCUGACUUCAUGGGGGCAGCAGUUCUAGCGCUGGAUGAACUGGGGCUCAACAGGACUGUUGAGAAGACUCUGAAACUGGAUGAUCCAAACAGCUUGGAGGAUGACAUGGGUGUGAUUGUGUUGGAUCUGAAGCUUGUUGUGAAGCAGGGAGACUUUAAAAGAAAUAAGUGGGUGAACCGAAGAAAGCGCUCAGUAGCUAAGGCAAGCUUCAUGCGGACGUCGAGGACGGAGGAUUCCCUACAACAAAAAAACCAACUAUGGAAUGGAACGGUUACCAUUGCUUUACUGGAAGGGAAGAAUAUCCCUGCUGGGGGAAUGACACAGAUCUUUGUACUGUUAAAAAUGGGAGACCAGAAGUAUAAGAGCAAGACUCUGUGUAAGAGAGCAAAUCUACAGUGGAGGGAACAGUUUGAUUUUCACUACUUCUCUGACAGGAAGGAUGUGUUGGAGAUUGAAAUCUGGGGAAAGGAUAACAAAAAGCAUGAAGAAGUUUUGGGAACGUGCAAAGUAGAUGUUGCGGCACUUCCCGGUGAGCAAACCAGAUAUUUGGAAUUGCCCCUGGAGAAACAGCCCGGAUCGUUGUUGAUAGCAAUCUCAGUUGCACCUUGCCAUGGUGUUUCUGUCUCUGAUUUGUGCGUUUGUCCCCUUGGGGACCCCAGUGAAAGGAAACAAAUUUCCCAGCGUUAUUGUAUAAGGAACUCAUUCCAGAAGAUAAAAGACAUUGGGUUUUUGCAAGUGAAAAUUUUAAAAGCUGUCGAUCUGUUAGCUGCUGAUUUUUCAGGCAAAAGUGAUCCCUUCUGCCUUUUGGAGCUGGGAAACGACAGACUUCAGAGUUACACUGUUUAUAAAAACCUCAAUCCAGAGUGGAACCAGGUGUUUACUUUCCCUGUCAAAGACAUCCAUGAAGUUCUUGAAGUGACCGUGUUUGACGAAGAUGGAGAUAAACCACCUGAUUUCCUUGGGAAAGUUGCCAUCCCUUUACUGUCUAUUAGAAAUGGGCAGCAAAGUUGCUAUGCACUAAAGAAUAAAGAUCUGGAACUUCCUUCCAAAGGUGUGAUUUACUUGGAGCUGGAUGUCCUCUUUAAUCCUGUGAAAGCAAGCAUCAGAACCUUUUCUCCUCGUGAAAGACGGUUUCUGGAUGACAAUCGCAAGUUUUCAAAGAAGAUCUUAUCAAGAAAUGCUGAUCGUGUGAAAAGAAUCACCAUGGCACUAUGGAAUGCCAUACAGUUUCUUCAAAGCUGCUUUCGCUGGGAGUCCCCCGUAAGGAGUGUGAUAGCAUUUGUGGUUUUUGUCAUCACGGUUUGGCAUUUUGAGUUGUACAUGCUUCCCUUGGCUUUGUUGCUGCUCUUCGCUUACAACUUCUCCUUGAUCACCCCAGAGAAAGUCACCAACGUCCAAGACACUCAGGACUGCAUUGUUUUAGAGGAUGAUGACGAUGAUGAUGACAAGGAAUCUGAAAAAAAGAGCUUAAUAGAAAGGAUCCACAUGGUCCAAGACAUUGUUAUAACAGUUCAAACUGUUUUGGAGGAAAUAGCAUCGUUUGCAGAGAGGAUAAAAAACACAUUCAACUGGACGGUCCCUUUCCUCUCUGCCUUGGCUUGUUUAGUCCUUGGUGUGGCAAUGAUUGCUCUGUAUUACAUACCACUAAGGUACAUCAUUUUAAUCUGGGGCAUAAAUAAAUUUACUAAAAAGCUCAGGAACCCCUAUGCCAUUGACAAUAAUGAGCUCCUCGAUUUCCUCUCCAGGGUGCCGUCAGAUGUUCAAAGGGUGCAACACGCUGAAUUGAAACCAUACAGUGGUUCCAGUCCCAUUAGGAAGAAGCGGAGCGCUCUGUAGGAUGCAGGGCUUGGAAUGUGGCAUUCUCCCACAAAACACUCAUGCGCCCUGCGCAACUCCCAUCCCUUUUCAGAUCAGAUCGGAACAUCGUUCGCUGCCUCAUAUCCUGGAUGUUUUGUCUGGAAGACAUAUGUAGAAAUUCCCCUGCUCCAAAUUAACCCGAAACCUCUCCUUGUAUCUGGCUGGGUUUUUCUUUUUUGUCCUCUUGCGCACUGAUUUUACCUUCACUAAGAGAAUCCUGAAUGGUUUUCAACAUGUAUAUUGGAGUCAAAACUUCCUUUUGGUUGGGAUAACAGAAAGGAAAAAUCUUUUACUUUGUGCACCAGAUUGACACAACUGAUAUGAGGCAUUCUCAACGUUUUCAAGCAAAUAAACAUACCCAACCGAUUUGCACCAAGAUAUGAACACGAUCGAUCGCUUCUGCUUCAAGCAAGGGACAGAUGAACAAUUUUGUUUUCUUGUAAUGACAAGGAACUGCUCAUUUUCUUUCCUCCUCCUCCUCCUCCUCCUUUUUUUAAAAUCCAGCUAUUGCAGCUGAGAUAUUUGUUCAAAAAUUGCCAGUAGCUGCUAGAUACUACAGUGGAGUUGGUUUGCUUUGAAAGGAGUCUGUUGCUGGCGACAGGCAUUUACUCCAGCUUCCACAUAACCAGACUAUGAGAAAUGAAUCUACCACUGGCCAUACAGAUACUAUAUGUCCAAUGUUUUCAUCUUACCAGUCUUUCCAUGUUCUCCUCCAUCCCACUUGCCUGAUGCAAUGACAUGCCCACACUACAUAUGCAAAAUACUUCUUUAAUAUAACUUUAUGGGCAUGGAGAUGCAUGCACUAAAAGGACAUGUGUGGGGGGGAUCUGUAGCAAUUUUUAGUGUAUUUUUGUCAUGUAAUUCUGUGUAUUACAUGUGGAUUUAGGGCAGCAUGGCGACUGAGCCUAGGUAUGGUUAAUCUUUGGACUUUCCGACGGUUUGGACUUCAACUCCAAGAGUCCCUAGUCAAUGUGGAUUAUGGAUGUUUUGGUCCAAAACGUUUGGACAGCAUACGGUUGCUCACUCUUGCCUAGUUUGUCUUGCAACAGCCAGUGCCUUAUGUGGUUAUCUUUAUUCCUAAAAAAGCUAAUAUAUUGCAAUUCAGAAGUUGAUUGUCAUAUUCGUAAUUGUAAAUAGAAGUGAUUUGAACACCAGUGACUUAGCUUUUUAAUGAAACAUGAUGGUUUAGAGAAGUGGCUCCCACAGAUGUUGGACUACAACUCCCAUCAUUCUUCUAUGCUAGCCAUGUUGAGGAGAGGGAUGAGUUGCAAAUGAGUUGCAGUCAAAACACUUGGGAGGGUAAAAGUUGGAGACAAAGAUUCAGUUCCCAAACAAGGUGGGCUUCCAGGGAAAGAAUAGUUGGAAAGGGAAGAUGGUGAUUUACACAGUAGCGUUUGAGGCAAAUAUUCACUAUAGGAACCAGGAUGAUAGACUACAUGGUCUGAUCCGAGGCAUUUUUGUGUUCCCAUGAAGCUACCACAUGAAACAGGUUGAGGAACAUCCCAUUGAGAUAAGAAUGAGGAUAUCUCAGGAUAGUUUGCUACCUGAAGAUGAUAAUGAUGGUGAUGAAACUCCUUAAACAGAGCAUCUUUCAUUUAGAGGAUUCAAAUCUGAGGUUGGUGCAAUGGGAGUUCAAUGUAUAGAAAGAACCCAAGAACAGGUCACCCUCCUUUAGUCGAUUUCUUGGCACUUACUAGAUGUUUAUGUGUUUAUGUGAAAUGCAGGUUGUGAAGGAUUUGUGGGAAAUUUAUACUGUAUCACUUUCUUUGUUAAAAAAUUCCACUUUUUAACGAAUGCAUUAUGUUACAUUAAGAAGCGGCUUUCUGAAAUGAUGUGGAUAUUUGGUCUAGAAGAGAUUUCAACUCAAAACAAAACAUUUUGGUGAUAUAAUAAAGAGGGAAUAUAUUU